AAAAGAGCAAGAUAUUCAUGUAGCCUCUCAGCUUUUUAUGCUUAUGGACUCCAACAAACCCACAUCAAGAUCUGUGCCACAGGUGGUUGUGGUGGCAUCUACUGAUAGCACCCUUCACCUUUGGAUAACUGUUACUGUUACUCAGCCCAACGUUGAAUUUAUGAAGGCAAUAAUGCUCUUUUCUUAUAACAUUUUGCAGCUCUAUACAAAGAAGUUUCCUUUGGAUCCCAGCGUUGACUUGCAAUCCAUAGCUGCUUCUUGCAAUGGCUAUGUUGGGGCUGAUUUAGAAGCUUUGCGUCGCGAGGCUGCCAUGUCUGUAGUAAGAAAAUCUUCAGAUGCAAAUGAGGAAGCUGGUAUGCGUAGCUUAACAAUGGAUGACUGGAAGCAUGCAAGAUCUGUCGUUGGUCCAAGCAUAACAAGGGGUGUUACUGUGGAAAUUCCCAAGGUUUCUUGGGAGGAUAUUGGAGGAUUAAAAAAUUUAAAGAAAAAGCUCCAGCAAGCUGUUAAGUGGCCUUUAAAACAUUCUGCUGCAUUUUCAAGGCUUGGAGUAUCACCUGUUUGUGGGAUUCUUCUUCACGGACCUCCAGGGUGCUCAAAAACCACCCUUGCCCAAGCUUCUUUUUUUUCCUUGAGUGGUGCAGAAUUAUAUUCAAUGUAUGUUGGAGAAGGUGAAGCUUUGUUGCAUAAUACGUUCCAGAGGGCUCGCCUUGCGGCACCAAGCAUAAUUUUCUUUGAUGAGGCAGAUGUUGUUGCUGCCAAACGAGGAGGCAAAUCAAGCAGCAACAUUGCCGUAGGAGAGAGGCUUCUAUCUACCUUGCUAACAGAAAUGGAUGAUUUAGAACAGGCAAAAGGAAUUCUUGUUUUAGCAGCUACAAAUCGCCCUCUUGCAAUUGAUGCUGCUCUUAUGCGGC